AUAGACAUUCCCAUGCUUGUAACUUCUUCUCUAAAAUAUUAUAAUAGUUUCCUAACUAGCUAUUCCGUCUCCAGAUUUUCUCCUUUUUAGUCCUUCUGAUGCCACUUUGCAAAGCUCAAUUAUGACUGUUGUAUAACCAUCAAUGGCUCCUUGUGGUCUUUUUCUGUUACUCAAAAGGCAAGAUAACCUAGUGGUCAUGUGUAUAAAUUCUUUAAUAUUUAUUUAUGUAUUUAUUUUUGGCUGCAUUAGGUCUUAGUUGCAGAUGCUGGAUCUUCGUUGUGGCACACAGGCUUCUCUCUAGCUGUGGCACGGGCUCCAGAACAUGUGGGCUCUGUGGUUUGUGGUAGACAGGCUCUCUAGUUGAGGAGCAUGGGCUCAGGAGCUGCGGUGUACAGGCUUAGUUGCCCUGCGGCCUGUGGGAUCUUAGUUUCCCGACCAGAGAUCCAACCUGCAUCCCCCGGUUGGAAGACGGAUUCUUAACCACUGGACCACCAGUGUAAAAGGCCUGAGUUCAGAUAAUACUGUCUUUCAAUCUUAGCUCUCCUCCUUUUUAGUGAUCUUGGGCAUUUCAGUCUCUAAACCUUAGUUUCCUUACUUUGCAAAAUGAGGGCACCAACCUCUUAGUGUUGCUGUGAGGACUGCAAGGGACAGCAGGGAGUCCACAGUAUGCACUCAAUAGUGAGAGGGUAACAGGCAGGAGGGCCAGGGGUCUCCAAACGGAGGAAAGAGGCUGCAAGUGCCAGAUAUUUUUAUCUCUCUUAAGUGGCAGAAGGAAACAAAUCAGUGAUAUUUUUUCUUCUCUAUACAAAUUUAAAAGGAGGUUUCUCUUAAAAUGCUGUGUUGCCAUGACACCUGGUUUCACCUGAAGCUAACUACUCUCAAACCUUGAGUUAACCAAUACAUUUCUUUUUCUUAUGGAAAUGUUGUCUUAAGCUAUGACUCUAUCUUCAAGUUGGUUCUGCCAAAUGGCUCAACCUACUUACUCCGGUAUUUUUCCCCUAAUCUAUGUAAACAAAACUAUUUGUUGGUAAUCUGCCCUUCUACAAGAUUCAAGUCAAUCGUUUUAUGGCCAGGGAUGAAUUAUCUGGUGCCAUUCUAAGUUUUACAACAUUCCUUUCUUUUCAUUAACAGAUUGUGAGUGACUAUAUAACAAUAAUGUAUCCUGCCUGAGGACACUCUUUGGAUUAAACCCUCUGGCAAAUUCUGUUAUCUUAAAACAUAAAUUAUGGGAGUAGGUCUGGUCUUUACAAGAAUGUAUCCUGCCUGAGGACAAUCUUUGGAUUAAACCUUCUGGCCAACUCUGUUAUCUUAAAAUGUAAAUUAUGGGAGUAGGUCUUGUGAGGUCUUUACAACCUCCAGACAUUCUUUGGAUUCAUUGGAGAGUAUAUAACUCCAUUGCUAAUACUAGCAAAGGGGUACUCUUUUGCCCCCUUCUGAUGCCUAUGUCAGAAGCUUUCUCUAUCUCCUUUAUACUUUAAUAAAACUUUAUUACACAAAAGCUCUGAGCAAUCCAGCCUCGCCUCUGGCCCCGGAUUGAAUUCAUCUCCUCCGGAGGCCAAGAAUCCCGCGUCUUAUCAUUCAGCAACAACCUUUCAAUAGGAGAUAACUUUGUGUGUCGGGGCAGGGAGGCUCAGACAUAUCCAACUCUUUGUGAACCCAUGGACUGUAGCUCACCAGGCUUCCUCUGUCCAUGGGAUUCUCCAGGCAAGAAUACUGGAGUGGCUUGCCAUUUCCUUCUCCAGGCGAUCUUCCUGACCCCGGGAUAGAACCUGCAUCUCUUGUGUCUCCUGCACUGGCAGACACAUUCUUUACCACUAGCACUACCUGGCUCCCCAGGUAGAUAAGUACUAUUAUCACUCAAUAUCUGGCCAGGUCGCCUUUAGUCUACUUUUUUCCUAUGUAAAACUCAUAGGGGGCAGUAUUGAGUAGCAGGUAAGAACACCAGGGGUCAGACUACCUGCAUUCAAAUCCUGGCCCUCCCACUUAAACUUGGGCAAAUAUUCAACCUUAAUGUGCUCUGUUUUUUCAUCUGUGAAACAUAAAUAAGGAUAUUUAUUAUCUAUGUUUAAUAGGGUUUUAUGCAGAAUGAAUGAAUUUAUUCAUGAAAAGCAUUAUUUUUAGAACAGUGCCUGACAUACAGUUGGCACCUAAAAAGUAUAAGCCAUUAUUAUUCUACAUGUAGAUCAAAUGGGUUGAUUGAUAUGCCCCAAAGGCAGUAGAGGUCCACCCAGUUGUUUAUAGCAGCCACCCAUUCUGAUUGUCCUAUGCCCAAACCAGGUGGUUGCUAAAUAUUUUAAAUAUCAUCCUUUUCCAAAAGAGAGGGUGCCUCAAGUUUCAUACCUGCCUUUAGUCAUGCUGUUCUCUCCACCAAGAAUACACUUUCACUCAUCAAAGUCCCAGUGUGAAGGCCCACCUUAAUUCAGUCCUUUCAUAAGCUCUUCUCUGCUUCCGACCUGGAGACUAUGUCCUCUCACUCAUGCGCUUUUCUCAUAGUUUUCCUAUGACAUUGUCAGAGUUGGCCUUACAUAAUUUGAUUUAUGUAUGUACCUGACUCCCAGCUAGACAGUGUACUCCUUCAACACCAGGUCUAAUUCACCUUUAUGUUUCCCCAGAAUACUGCUCACUGAGAGCUGCUAAGUCCAUCACAUGUCACACUCAAAGAAUGUUUAUCAAAUGAAUGAAUAAGUGAGCACUUGAAAGAAAGGAGGAGGGGGGAGGGGAAUGGAGCCCCAUGAGGGAAGACAGGAAAACUUUCCUUCUCCUCCAGUUCUCUAGGCCUCAUCUGGGAUAGGAGUCAGAGCAAAGCGAGAGAGAGGGGGUGCUGGUACAUCCUUUACCAAUCCUGAACAAUGUGUUCCAGAGCCCACUGCUGGACACACACCAUACUUCAUGCUUUCCCAAGGGUGUGAGAAGCUGGACACUUUCCCUAAGGCUGUCAGGCAUGCCUCCGACAGCAGCUCUGACAGCAAUGGAACAACUGAGGAGGAUGAGGAGAGGACAGGGAUGCACCAGCCCAUCAAUGGAAGAGACCAGAUGUGUGACUCGGUCACUCAGGAGGACGCCAGACUUGACUCGGACUCUGAGGACCAAGCAGAGUAUGAUCUCGUCACUCCAGAUAACAUGGCACCAGCCCUUGUGGUUGAAGGGGAAACGGUGUACACACAAGUGUUCCUUAACUUGCAGGGAAAGACUCCAGUUCCUCAGAAGAAAGAGAAUUCAGCCACAGUCUACUGCUCUAUACAGAAACCUCAGAAGGUUGUGCCACCACCACAACAGAAUGACCUUGAGUCUCCUGAAAUACCUACCUAUGAAAAUGUCCCCUGAAAAGAAAAGCAGCUACCUCCCUCAGUGAGGUUGGAGAGGCUGCUAGACCUAAUAAGGCCCGGGCCCCUGCAGACAGAAGAACUUCAGAAUUUCCUUCAUUGUCUCAGAUACGCCUGGAUUUGGGCCUCCUCUUUUUCUCACACCUCAUUACUUCCCAAAUCCAUCAACAGAUCAGACAGCCUCUGGGCUCCGUUUGUCUCCUUCUAUGCUCAUAUAGUACAACCUCUCAGCUCAGAUGCAUGCCUCAAAACUCUGCCAAGGCUUGUCAUGUCGUCAAAGAGGACCAGGAUCUCCACGUGGUCCUAUAAACAGCUGCUAAGAUAAAUCUAACAGAUAAUCUCUCUUAUGAACUCAAAGAUCUAGGUGAAAUCAUGACCACUGUAGUAUUUUUUUAAAUAAAAGAAUAGAAAUAACCUAAGGGUCCAUUUAGUAGGAGUCUGAUUAAACACAUGAAAGUGUAUUCUUGCAAUGGCAAGGCCUGCCACUUUUUUAAAGAAGGAAAGUAGAGACUAACAUGUGUUAAUAAGAAGGAGCUCUAAGAUACGUCAUUUGAUGGACAGAACAAAGUCCUGGAAAGUGUGUAUCAUAUGUCACCAGUUGAAUAAAAAAGAAAUAGAUAGCUGUAUGUUUACAUAAAGAACAAUUCUGAAAGGAAAUACAAAAAAAUUAUCAGUGGCUGCCUCUGGGAGGAAGCUGGGUUGGUUUGGGGAUUUUUUUUAUUGCAUAUAUUUUGUACUGCUGGAUUUUUUAAACCAUUUGUGUGUAUUACUCUUUUUAACCAGUAUUCUUGGGCUUCCUUUGUGGCUCAGCUGGUAAAGAAUCUGCCUACAAAGCAGGAGACCUGGGUUUGAUCCCUGGGUUGGGGAGAUUCCCUGGAAAAGAAAAGGCUACCCACUCCAGUAUUCUGGCCUGGAAAAGUCCACGGGGUCGCAAAGAGUUGGACGCGACUGAGCAGCUUUCACUUUCACAUUAUUCUUUUUAUGUAUUUUUAAGCGUUUAAAAGCAAUGGAAUUCCAGUUGAGCUAUUUCAAUCCUAAAAGAUGAUGCUGUGAAAGUGCUGCAUUCUAUAUGUCAGCAAAUUUGGAAAACUCAGCAGUGGCCACAGGACUGGAAAAGGUCAGUUUUCAUUCCAAUCCCAAAGAAAGGCAAUGCAAAAGAAUGCUCAAACUACAGCACAAUUGCAUUCAUCUCACACACUAGUAAAGUAAUGCUCAAAAUUCUCCAAGCCAGGCUUCAGCAGUAUGUGAACCAGGAACUUCCAAAUGUUCAAGCUGGUUUUAGAAAAGGCAGAGGAACAAGAGAUCAAAUUGCCAACAUCUGCUGGAUCAUGGAAAAAGCAAGAGAGUUCCAGAAAAACAUCUAUUUCUGUUUUAUUGACUAUGCCAAAACCUUUGACUCUGUGGAUCACAAUAAACUGUGGAAAAUUCUGGAAGAGAUGGGGGUACCAGACCACCUGACCUGCCUCUUGAGAAACCUGUAUACAGGUCAGGGAGUAACAGUUAGAACUGGACAUGGAACAACAGACUGUUUUCAAAUAGGAAAAGGAGUAUGUCAAGGCUGUAUGUUGUCACCCUGCUUGUUUAACUUAUAUGCAGAGAACAUCAUGAGAAAUGCUGGGCUGGAGGAAGCACAAGUUGGAAUCAAGAUUGCUGGGAGAAGUAUCAAUAACCUCAGAUAUGCAAAUGAUACCACCCUUAUAGCAGAAAGUGAAGAACUAAAGAGUCUCUUGAUGAAAGUGAAAGAAGAGUGUGAAAAAGUUGGCUUAAAGCUCAACAUUCAGAAAAUUAAGAUCAUGGCAUCCGGUCCCAUCACUUCGUGACAAACAGAUGGGGAAACAGUGGCUGACUUAAUUUUUCUGGGCUCCAAAAUCACUGCAGAUUGUGACUGCAGCCAUGAAAUUAAAAGACGCUUACUCCUGGGAAGGAAAGUUAUGACCAACCUAGACAGCAUAUUAAAAAACAGAGACAUUACUUUGCCAACAAAGAUCUGUCUAGUCAAGGCUAUGGUUUUUCCAGUAGUCAUGCAUGGAUGUGAGAGUUGGACUAUAAAGAAAGCUGAGCACCGAAGAAUUGAUGCUUUUGAACUGUGUUGUUGGAGAAGACUCUUGAGAGUCCCUUGGACUGCAAGGAGAUCCAACCAGUCCAUCCUAAAGGAGAUCAGUCCUGGGUGUUCAUCGGAAGGACUGAUGUUGAAGCUGAAACUCCAAUACUUUGGCCACCUGAUGCAGAGAGCUGACUCAUUUGAAAAGACCCUGAUGCUGGGGAAGAUUGAGGGCAGGAGGAGAAGGAGACGACAGGGGAUGAGAUGGUUGGAUGGCAUCACUGACACAAUGGACAUGGGUUUGGAUGGACUCUGGGAGUUGGUAAUGGACAGGGAGGCCUGGCGUGCUGCCGUUCAUGGGGUCACAAAGAGUUGGACACGACUGAGCGACUGGACUGAACUGAAGCAUUUAAAAUGUCCCUUCUGUAUAAGAUUCCCAUAUUUACCCGAAAAGAAUUUUCCUCCUUAUUGUCAUGUCCAGAUGUAUAUGAGCCAUAGCUCUCUUCUCCCCCAAACAGUCGCCUCCAUCCUGUCUCCCUGCCUAUAAGUUACACUUCUCUUGACUUAACAUUCGUGAUACUCUUGUGUGCACUUGUGUUACAUGUGCUUUGUGGCCCAUUUGUGUUUUUUAAUACUGUGCUUCCACUGUCAUCUGCCCCAGCACACGGUCUGUGGAAUCAGAGUGUCAUCUGUGGCCUGCAGUGGGUACUCCUGGGGAGCCAAGCAGUGCUUCAUACACAGCAGGAACUUAUUUACUGCUUUGUUCAUUGGUUGGUAAUUGCAUAGAUAAUUAUCUUUUUAAGGCAUUAUCACAGAGUUCAACAAAAAUAUAUUAGAUGAUAAUGAUAAUCAUUAUUACAUUCCAGAAUAGAGCAUCCCUGAAGUUGCUGGACCUAUAGAAUCUCUUUUGCUCCUUAAAUGACUCUGCCCAGUUCAAUAUCUAUGCAACUUAAGAAAUGUAAAAGGCCAGCAGUAGGCAAUGGUUAGCAUCUCUGCUGUUCAUCUGAAUUGCUAUGACCCCUAUAAUUUGCUACUCCUUCUUCUCAUGAAACUCCUGACUCAGUUGCUCAGCUGCCCACAACUGCGUUGGAUCCUCUCCCCAUCCUUUUACAUUCUCCAAUUUUUACCCCGAUACUUUCUCCCAGAUGUGGUCUAUCGACUAGUCUCCAGGAAGAAGCUAACUUGACCAAUCACACACCCACAGGGGAGAAGGAUCCGAGGGGCAUAAGCAAGUGGCUAUCCCCCAAGACUAAGUGGGCGCUGGGAUCUGGGUACCCUAGAAUCUGCUGUUCCAGUGUGAACAAGGCUAGGAGACAACUAGUUCACGAGGAGUCCAGACUCCUCUCCAGCAGGAGUUAAACAGCGUGUGUUUAUUGAUGGCCCACAAGUGCCCUUUGGCUGGGAGAGGAAAAGUACAGAGUAGGGAAGAGAUCCAUUUCCAUUUUCUAUCCUAAAUUUCAGAAAAGAAAUUUAGAUUGCCUUUAAGUAAUAGCACAGAUCUAUAUUAAAUUCAUACCUUAAACACAGUGGGGCAGUUGAAGAAUCAGGCUCCAUGCAAUGUUACCUGUUGGGGUCUCUGACCAGGCCCUCUUCCAAUUCCCCCUUUCCUGAGCUCAGCCAGACUUUCAGCCUGCUCCCCACAGUCUUGUGGAAGGGUCUGGCUUGAAGGCUCAGGGGAGCCCAGCAAGGUGCCUGGUUCCUAACUGCUCAGCUGCCUGAGUCCUCCUUCCAGCAUUUGCCAUGGGGAGCAUCAGGACUCAGAACUUAAAUGACACUGUUUCUAAUAGUGAGGAAUGUGUAAAGAAGCCAAAAUAGAUGUUUAAUAAUGUGUUUGUAUAAAUCAAACAUCAUUCUGUAGGCAAAGUUGCUUCCACUGCCCGAUUAUUAGGAUGGCAUGGACUCUGGGUGAUUUUUCCACUCAGCGAUGGGCUUGAUUUGCAUUAUCUACUCUUGCUCCUGCCCACAUCCCUUUGUGACCAGAUGGCUAGAGGUAAAGUUUAAUAUGUAGUGGGGAAGUUUUUCCUCUGUAUUUGAGUAUAGCCCAGGCCUGUCCUCCUUGGAGAACUUGCCAGUGCCUUAGGGCUAUUUAGUAUACCUUCACAGAGGGACCUCUUUCUUCUCCUCUGAGCCCCCAUUAUCUUUCCUUCCUUUUUGGAGGAUGAGUCUGGGCAAAGAAGGGUCUAGAAAUGUGGUCAUCAUUGAUUAGGGAGGAGUGAAGAUGCGUCACCAGGGGAAAACCAGGGAAACAGAAUCUUAAUGUGAUAGUAACACCACAUUUACAUAGCACUUGGAGAUGACCAGCACUUGGACAUGCUGUGUCGUCUUUUGGAAACUACCCAACAUCUCUAUCUGUUCUUGUCUGGUCUGUGAGUUGAGAUGUUACUUAACAGCCUUGCUUUUAAAGCAGCUGUUAGAAAUCAUUUUCAAAUAAAUAAAUUUAUAUUUUAAAAAAAUAAAAGUAAUGUUAAAAAAAAAAGAAAUCAUUUUCAAAACAAAUAUAGACCACGCACAAACUCUUAUAUCGUCUCCAGACUAGGAACCACUCUGCAGAGACUCAUGUGGUAUCAUCCAUUGUGCUGAUUCCCAAAGCAGAAGUUGGGCUUUAAGAGAGGUGAGAACAGCCAUGGCAACUAGGAAUACAUGCAGAAGUUCUCCAGCUCCCUACGACUCAGUCGAGCAGGGUUCUCAGCUUUGGAAGUUCUUUUUCCAACCUGCAGAAGAAAAGAAGAACUUCAGACUCUCCCACUAAACGAUCCUUAUAACAGCCCUUUGGGCUAUGAAUUAUUAUCCCCAUUCAUCAUUCAUAACAGAAGGAAGCUCAGUUUGGGAAGGGAAAUAACUCAAGGUCAACAACUAGUGAGAAGUAAGGGGCUUGAAUCCAGUUCUUCUGGCUCCAUUUCUAGUGCUGUUAACCACACCAUGCUUCUUCAUGACCCACUUUGCCUUGGCCCACGCAGUGUCCUCUACAAACCUUGACUGUCCAUUUGGCUUUAAUGUGGGGCUGCAGCUCAAGUGCCAGAAAUUUCAGCGGGCACCCAUCCACACUCUCCCUUGUGACCCAUGGCAACAUCUUUAUCAGGCCACAGGUGGAAGCUCAGGUGUUAUAUGAGGCUGAUGAGCAGGGUGCUCUCCAUGCCUUCAAUUCUCUGGGUAUAAAUGGGAAGUAUAAUUACACUACCUCAUAGCAUUCUGUGAAGAUUAAAUGAGAUAGUGCACAUGAAGUCACUGGCAGGCUACCAUUCAUAUGUAUAUACAAUAAACUUCCAAUAAACA